AUGUUGGGCGAUGAUUUUGAAGUAUCCCAGCUCGCCAUCCCAGCUGUCAGUGUACUUAUCAGUUUCCUCGCCUACACCUCCCAGUAUUUCUUCCUCUACUUUGAAGCCGCGCCGCUCCGGAGAGAUGAAGGCUGGAAGAUCAACAUCUUCGCCCUAUGCAUCUGGGUUUGCUAUUUCCGGGCAUGCUUCGUAGAUCCAGGUCGGCUUGAGAAAUCUCGAUUGUCAGCAACCCCCGCACAGCAGGAAGAAGAUAAAACCACCGGUCGGCAGCGCUGGUGCCGUAGAUGUGAAGCCUACAAGCCUCCUAGAGCUCACCACUGCAAAACUUGCAAGAGAUGUAUUCCUAAAAUGGACCACCACUGUCCUUGGACAUCAAAUUGUGUUUCACAUCUCACUUUCCCCCAUUUCAUUCGCUUUUUAUUAUACGCGGUUGUUGGGAUGGGAUAUCUCGAGACCCUGUUAUGGGAGCGUGGAUCUAUUGUGUGGAGAAGUAGGGAUCUGCCAAGUUACCUCGGUCCCACGGUGGGACAGCUUGUUCAUCUGUUCAUUUUGUUCGUCGUCAAUAGCAUGACGGUCUUUGCUCUGUUCAUUCUGUUAUUGCGCAGUCUCUGGUCUCUCGCUUUCAAUAUUACUACCAUUGAAUCCUGGGAGAUUGAAAGACACGAGACGCUUGUUCGCAGAGCACGGGUCCUUGGCGGAUAUCUGGAGGGCCCUGGAGGGGUCAAAAUUCGAAUUAGGAAACAAGAGUUCCCCUACGAUAUUGGCAUUUGGUCUAACAUCAGACAAGGCAUGGGCGGGAGCAUCAAUAUCCAGGUGUAUCUUGGCCGCCCCCUGAUCCAGAUCGGAUUCCUUUGCCGGCAAAUCACACCCCUGAUGAUGAUCCAAACUUUCACCGGCCCUAUGCGUCUGCGAGGCACGAGGUUGAAGCGUUCGAUCGCCGCAAAGCAGCGGAUCUCAGCCGCCGACGAGUUUAUGAGGUGCAAAGACGCAGGCCAACCGGAAAACUAUGCAAGCGAUGACGAGCGCCAGCCCGGCCCGGUCUAUGGAGAUGAUUCUGAUGAGGGGGAGGAGUCCUGGCGAAAUGCCGAAGGGGAGCGUCUGCGCGAUUUUGGCGUCGACGAGGAUGUGGAAUUCUAUGACGAAGAUGACAUCCCUCUGGGCAUUUUGAUGGAACAGAAAAUGCGGCAACAGUGA